CUGAGCUUUGGGCUGUGUAUCUUUGCUCCCGCCUUGCUAUUUGCUGAUAAGAAUGGGAAUGGGGUGGAUGAUACAAUGAACUGAAUGAGCGCAGUUUGAAAAUCUCAUGUACUGGGAUACCGGAGCAUAGUAAAGCAACUCGGUUUCUUUCAUAUUGCUGCCAGUUAGGCAGCUGAAGGGAAAGCGAUACGAGGAGGGAGCGAUAAACACAGACUGUUGGCAAAGAACGUGUUCACUGACGGAAGAAGGCUUGAGACCAAUUGGAAACCACAAUUCAAGCUGAUCCUUCAGUACAAUAAUGUGUUAAUUGGAAGGUUGCUGACCAGCUUCCCUGGGUACCGCUGGUGAUGCAAGUUUGUUUUGCCUGAAGAUGGAAACACUUGAAUCUGAAUUAACCUGCCCAAUUUGUCUGGAGCUAUUUGAAGAUCCUCUGCUCUUACCGUGUGCCCACAGCUUGUGUUUUAACUGCGCCCACCGGAUCCUCGUUUCUCACUGCACCUCCAACGAGACGAUCCAAUCGAUUGCUGCCUUCCAGUGUCCGACCUGCCGAUAUGUUAUCUCUUUGAACCAUCGCGGCUUGGAGGGCUUGAAGCGGAAUGUAACUCUGCAAAACAUCAUUGAUCGCUUUCAGAAAGCCUCGCUGAGUGGACCCAACUCCCCCAGUGAAUGUCGCCGUGACCGGCCGUACAAGGAUCCUGUCACCAUGUCCUCUGAGAGGGUUCAGUGCCAGUUCUGUGAGCAAGAGCCACCACGAGAUGCCAUCAAGACUUGUGUGACCUGUGAGGUCUCCUACUGUGACCGGUGCCUCCGGGCCACCCACCCCAACAAGAAGCCGUUCACUGGCCACCGGUUGAUUGAGCCCAUUCCGGACUCUCACCUCCACGGACUGAUGUGUCUGGAGCAUGAAGAUGAAAAGGUGAAUAUGUACUGUGUCACGGAUGAUCAGCUGAUCUGUGCCUUAUGCAAACUUGUAGGACGCCACCGGGAGCACCAGGUUUCCUCACUGAGUGAUAGAUAUGACAAACUUAAGCAAGCAUUGGAAACUAAUCUUGCGAAUUUGGUGAAGAGGAACACAGAGUUGGAGUCACAGAUGGGGAGACUCAUUCAAAUCUGCCAACAGGUGGAGGUAAACACUGCAAUACAAGAGAACAAACUAAAAGAGGAAUGUGAUGAGCUGAUGGACAUUAUUAGGCAAAGGAAGCAGAUCAUUGCUGUGAAAAUCAAAGAGGGAAAGGUUAUGAAGUUGAGAAAACUAGCACAGCAGAUAGCAAAUUGCCGGCAAUGCUUGGAGCGGUCAGGGUCUCUCAUCAGUCAAGCAGAACACAGCCUGAAGGAGAAUGAUCAUGCACGCUUUUUACAAACAGCCAAAAAUGUAACAGAAAGGGUUGCUAUGGCAACAGCAUCUUCUCAAGUUCUGAUUCCAGACAUUAACUUGAAUGAAGCUUUUGAAAAUUUUACCUUAGAUUUUUCAAGGGAGAAGAAAUUACUUGAAAGCUUGGAUUAUCUUACUGCCCCAAAUCCUCCAAGCAUUCGAGAAGAGCUCUGCACAGCAUCUCAUGACACAAUUACUGUUCAUUGGACCUCAGAAGAUGAAUUCAGCAUCGUUUCCUAUGAGUUGCAGUACACUAUCUUCACUGGACAAGCAAAUUUUAUCAGUUUGUACAAUUCCAUUGACAGUUGGAUGAUUGUCCCCAACAUUAAGCAAAACCAUUACACUGUGCAUGGACUUCAGGCUGGGACAAGGUAUAUCUUUAUUGUGAAGGCAAUCAACCAGGCAGGCAGUCGCAUAAGUGAACCGACCAGAUUGAAAACUAAUAGCCAACCAUUCAAACUAGAUCCCAAAACAGCUCACAAGAAAUUGAAGCUUUCCAACGAUGGCCUGGCUAUGGAACGGGAUGAGAAUUCUAUGAAGAAGAGCCACACACCCGAGCGCUUUAGCAGCCAAGGGAGCUAUGGGGCACUGGGGAAUGUAUACAUUGACAGUGGCUGCCAUUACUGGGAGGUUCUACUUGGUGGAUGCACAUGGUAUUCCAUUGGCAUUUCAUAUAAAUCAGCCCCAAAGAAUGAGUGGAAUGGAAAGAAUUCAUCGUCCUGGGUAUUCUGUCGCUGCAAUAACACAUUUGCUGUCAGACACAGUGGCAAAGAGAUGUCAGUGGCUGCUAGCCAUCAGCUACGAAGGCUUGGUGUUCUUCUCGACUACGAUGGUAACACGUUAUCAUUCUACGAUGCCAUGAACGUGCACCAUCUGCACACGUUUGACAUUUCUUUUGCUCUACCUGUGUGCCCCACAUUCACAAUCUGGAACAAAUCAUUAAUGAUCCUGUCAGGGCUCCCUGUCCCGGACCCAUUAGACUGCUUGGAGCAGCAGCAGGAAUGCAUUUGUAGACCCCAGGAAUCUCCUUAUACGUCAGGGACAAAAGUCAGUCAAUAAAGGCCAGACUGAAAUGUAACUGACCCAUCCACUAUUCCCCAAAAAAAGCAUUAUUCCAGGUAGGGCUAGACUAUGCAUUGUGCCCUCUCAAGGUAGCACAAGAGCUGCCUUACUCAGAAUGACUACUAUUAAAUUGAAUUUAUAAAUUAUUUAUGAUAAUUAUGUUCACAAUUUAUCAUUAGAGAGAGAUUGUAUUCCAGAAAAUGCACUUUCAAGACAUGCUUUUAGAUUAUGGAAAGUUGUUUUUAAUAUGUCAAGGCUGGAAGAAGAUAAUUUAAAUAGAUCUGAAGGUUCGGCUUCAGUUUCUAGAAGCUCAUGUAUUGUACAUUAGACACACCUAAAUCUAGCAUCUGAAGAAAGUUGUUAUUCUUGUUUGCUGAGACUAUAAUCUGCAACACAGAGGGAGAGCUUCUCACAAUGAAAGGAGAAUAACUCCACCCUGCAUGUCGCAGUAGAACAGUCACCAUAAAGAGAGAAUCCCCAGCUGCUGUUAAAUGACUAAAAUGGUGUGCAGAGAACAGAAACAGCAAGCAUGUUUAGACAGUGCCUCAAAAGAAGAACCUAAUUCUAUCAAGAAAUUUGUCCUGAUGUAUUUCAUGGAUUCAUUAUAUUGUCAUCUUGUUGUUAUUGUUUGUGAAUGAAAGGAAUUCCAUUCAAGGCUCUGUAUUAAAACAAUUAUGUUGAUAUAUGGAACUUUAACUAGUGUGUGUAAUGUUAAAAAUGGUAUAAAUAUUUAAUGACAAAGUGUUUGGUGGUUCUUCACCCAUUUGAAAAGAUGAAUUAUUUUCUUAGCUGCUACUAUUUUUGAAAAUGGAAGAAAUUUCACUGCAAUGUAGAAAUGAUACUAGUUCCAAAUGGAAUGGAAUAUAUUAAAGGGUGGAGUCUAAAAUUGAGACAGUCGUGAGAAUAAAAAUCAAACGAAGUCUGUCGUCCAGCCCUUCAGGCAACACGGGCAGCUUUCCCAUUUGGUAAAUUUGCUCCCUCCUCCUUCAUCCACAUUCAUGUCACAAGGAAACAUUCAUUCACCUUUAUAUCAUCAGGGCCCCAGGAACACAUGUCCUUUAGAUUCAAAACUAAUGGGGAAAAACAAGACACAUCCUCUAAAUUGAAUUGUUGGGGGAAACAAAAGCAUGUACAACACCAUUAAACCAGCAGGCAUUUUAUCAUAAAUUCAUAAGCAUUCCGCACUCAAUCAGAGAUCAGUGCCCAGCCAAAUAUGCAAGAAAUGAAACUGUAUUAACAGCGACAGUACAAUGGCUCAAUGGUUAGCACUGCUGUCUCAACACCCAGGACCUGGGUUCAAUUCCAGUCUUGGGCAAGCAUUUGUGUGAAGUUUGCACAUUCUCUCCAUAUGUGUGUGGAUUUCAGCCAGAGGGCUCUAGUUUCCACUCAUGUGCAGGUUAGGUGGAUUGGCUGUGCUAAAAUUGUUUAUCUUGCCCAGGGAUGUGCAGACUAGGUAGAUUAGCCAUUGUAAAUGUGAGGUUACGGGCAAAGAGAAGGACAGUGUGUGUGGUGAGCUGGUCUUCGGGGAGUUGUUGCAGGCUCGAUCGGCUCUUUCUGCACUAUGGUGAUACUAUGAUUAAAAUAUAAUUUAUGUUAAUAAAUGUGAUGUCAGCUCUAGACUUAACAUGACAUUAUAUACUUAAAGCAGGUACACAAAUGUAGAGACACAAAAGCUCCUAUACAUGUAACACGCUGGAGAUGUAAAGAUAGAAAAUGGCAAUUUAAUGCACGGAAAUGAUUUGUUCAGGUUUUUAUAAUUUUAAAAAAGGGUCCCAUUG